AUGGCGGAUGCGCCGCUUUCUACGGCACCUGUGCCUGCCUGUGAGGGCAGCAGCAGCACGAAGGGGGCUAAUUGUCGCAUGAUGCCAGGGGAGUUUGCGUUUGAUCGCUUUAAGGAGUUGCUGCUCUCGGAAGGCCCCCAAAUCCCAACCGACCAACUCCAAGACUUUGGUUGGCAAAUUCCGCUCAUCACCUCCUGUGAUCCCUCUCCUUUCUGCAUCACCAAGGAAAUCCUCUCUUUUGAACCCCAAGAAGAUGACAUCUACAAAAUUUUCUUUCGAGACACUUCGAAGGAAGUGCGGAUACGGCAGGUUUUUCUACACACUGCUUUGACGGCCCAGGAGCAGCAAUGGUUGAAGGAGUUUCGCGACUACUGCACCCAAGAGAACUGGCCGAUCCCUUUGUUUUUAGAGCCGAUGCUUCUGCGCAUUAUUUGGCUGGCUUACAGAAAGUGGGGUGAUAACAUCAUCGCCCGGAGUUUUGAAUUGGCCAAGAGCAUGGUGGAGUGGCGCCAGGGGUUUUUGCCGCUGAGCGACAAGGAAGAAGAACUGAAGGCGAUGAUGGAGACAGGCGUCAUGUACUGGUCAGGGAGGGACCGCGCCUUGAGGCCUCUUCUUAUCAUCCGGCUGUCGCGACUUCAUAAGAACGCAUCUCCAGAAAUAUUUAAGCGACUCACCAUCUUUUGCUUUGAAUGGGGGCUCCGCUAUUUGAUGAUUCCCGGGCACGUGGAGACCAUCACUGCCCUCUUCGAUGUGCGGGGGGUUCCGCUUCAUCAGUUUCCUAUUAGUGCAUUAACAGAUAUGACCAGCACCCUCACAAAGCAAUAUCCUUUUAGACUUAACAGAAUGCUUAUCAUUAACGACUCUUUCUUCGUACAGACGGUUUGGAACAUUGCCAAGCAAUUUCUGACGGAGGUGCAGCAGCAGAAGAUGCUUUUUAUGAGAUCUGGCUUUGAGGAGGAACUGCUCAAGGAGUAUACUCCGUGGCAACUGGAGAAGUGUUACGGCGGCACGCGGCCAGAGAUAAGGACGUUUUACCCCUUCCCCGUGGCUCCGGGUCCUUAUUCUAUUGGCAGCGUGCAAGAAGAAGAGCCCUACAAGAAUGCUCACAGAGCGGUUGACAGACUCACCACUUUUGGGGUCACUUGGGAGGGAGACUGCCGAAUGCCUGUGCAGUGGGCUCCUGCUGCGAAAGAAGUGUUCGCAGACUUGCAGCUUCCGUGCCCUCAAAGCUUUGCCGGUGAUGCCGCUACUGAUGGGGAUGCUAAUGCUGUUGCUGAUGAGCGCUGCGGUGAGCGCUGCGGUGUAUAUACAACGGAUAGCAAAAGCAAGACGGACGCCGCAAAUGAACAGGUCAAAGAAGAACCCGCAGUUACAGCAACAGCAGAAGCAACGGCAGCAGCAGGUGCCGACGCUGUUGUUGCUGACGAGAUUGGAAGGAAUGCAGCAGAUGAAGUGGAAACUCCGAAACGAGAGCUAGAAACAGCGGCAGAAGAGGCUCAAGAAUGUCAGAAAUCCGAGGCGCAAGACCCAGCAGCAGCUGCAGGUGGAGAUACACCGCGAGGCGGUGAAGAUGCGUCUGUGAGCUCGCGCGUCCCGGACACAAACACCGAAGGGAGAGAAGAACUUGUGAUGGAGGAGGCAAACAAAUUGACUGCUGCAGCACCUGCUACUGCAGAACAAGCGGUGGCUGUGCCUGAAGGUGUUGCCCUGACGGAGAAGGAGAAGGAGGGGCGAAAACUCCCACCAGUUGAAAAAGUGGGAAGCAGCAAGUGCUGUUCCCGUUGCAAAGUGCAGUAG